AUGAGCGACCUCAAGCAGCCGCUCGAGCCGGAGGCCGCAGCCCCACCGGUCACGCCGCCGUCAGCCGAGUACCCCCCGACUGCCUCCGAAGGAUCCGCCGCCGAUGCUCCGGAGGACGCGCGCUGGGUGAAGGCCUAUGGUAGCGCGCGCGACCGACUUCCCCCUUCUCUCUCCAGCCGCCUGCCGACGUCCGAAGAGGCCAAGGCAUCCGUCGACUCGCUCUCUGCCCGUUUUGCAUCGUCUUCAGCCGAGCACUCGGAGUCUUUCAAAGCUCGCAAGGCAAAGCUACGCUCCGACCUCCUCUCCCACGGCUAUUCCGUCGCGAACGCGACUGAGAUUCCGCUGUACAUAUCGCUUAACCAGGUUGGACCGCUGAUGUACGAGGCUGUCGAGCCGAAUGGUGUCUUUGAGCGCCGCGCUCCUGGCCUGUUCUUCCUGCUCGAAGUCCGUGCAUCCGGUGAACCCUACACGCCCUGGUCUGUCGCCUGGCCGAUCCUGGCAGUCACUGGGCCGGCUGUCGCCCUCACGUCCCUCCUCGCCAUCCCCUUCGCUGCGGCCGUCACCGGCAGUGCGGCGCUCGCUGGCAUGGGAACCGCCGUCAUGUCUGGCAUUGCUUCCGCUUCUUCUGCCAUUGCGACAACUGCUGCGCGAGUCGCCCUUCUCCCCGGAGGCAAGAAGCUGCACGGGAAGCUCGUCAGUGCUGCGAACAGCCAUAUCGCCUCGCUGAAGGACAAAGGCACGCAGGAGGUUCUGCGCUACGUCACUGUCGCCGUCGCCGCGGUCAAGAGCAAGCUGCACAAGGAUGGAAAGGAGCACCUCGCGACCGAGAAGGAGGAGAUCGAGGCGGAGGAGCCGGCCAAGGUCAUCGCCGAGAUUGAUGUCACGGGCUACCCUCUCGAGAAGGUGCUGACCUGCAAGACGGGGAAGCGCAAGCUCGACUCGGUACUUGAAGCUGCCUUCAAGAAACUCGACUUCAAAACGAAGGACUUCCAGCCGAAGACCGACCCGGUCCUCCGCGUCGUGGGCGGACCGAGGCUCGACGAACGCGGCGGCAAGACAUUCCUCGUCUUCCACCCGCUGACAUCAGCCGAGCCAUUGCCGACCGACGAGAAGCCGCCGACGGCCGAGGAGGAGCGCCUUGCCCACGAUGCCCGAGUCGUCGACACAUGGGAGGAGGCGUCCGUCUCGUCCUCCUCCCCGCUGCACGCCGGGGAGGAGGACGAGAAGAAGCGCAGCUGGCUCGACUCGUGGCGCAAGAAGAAGUAG